AAUUCCACUCUCAGACAAGUUCUUCCACCACACUCGCCAUGCGCACUCGAUCGUCGGCUCCUUCGUCCGAGCAAUCAAAGCCGGAACAACCUUCCAAACUGCCACCGCCGACUGAGAAACCCAGCAAGACAUUCAUUCUCCCUUCUUCCGCCAGCGACGAAGCUCGGUUCCUCCAGUUGCCCCAUCCCCAGACCGGAGAACUCACUCGCUAUUACUUCUGCCCCAAGCUGGGAAUAUACGAAUUUACCGUGGUUACAUCUUCAUCGCAGUCCCCACGAAGUGUCCUUUUUACGCCCAAGUCGGAGAACAGCACGGCAACUGAUGGAGAACGUCCAAAGCCCGGAAAUGCGAGUAUAGCGAAAACUGCGCAAUUGUUGAUUGCGACGCCCAUAGAUGUGAUCUUCUUCCUAAUUCCUUUACUAUGCCCGACAUCGUCCCAGGCGAAAGGUCUAUUCCAACCCCUUGACGACAUCAUCGACUCUCAAGACGAUUUACCCAACCACUUCCGGCACGUUCUCUAUGAUGAAUCUUUUAAGGGUGUCUUACAGGCGCGAGCGGAGGCUAUUUGCGAUUCGGUAGAGGCAGGAGAUGAGAAAAUGUUCCGAUUCAGUGAGGCGAAACUUCUGAAGGAAUUAAUUGCUAAAGCAGAGCGGAUGGUAACACUGGGACUUCCUCCCAGCAUGGAAGAGCGCUUUAUUCGCCAAGCUUUGUCCACGCCUAUGAUGGCUGUCAAGCGAGAGGAUGCCUCAACCAAUGCGGCGUUGUCCAAUCAUAAGAGUGAGGGCGAGGCAGGGCCACAGGAAGACAAAGAGAUACCGACAACAACAGCAAGCUCAACUUCGGUUCCUACGCCCUCGGACCUAUCCACCCCUGCUACAGAAUCACCUCCAAAUGAACCGCCUGCGUCAGACGAUGUGGCUCGUCUACUGAGGAUCUCGACGGCUCUAACCUUCAUGAAGGAUUCCUAUCUGUCUGCAGCUCUGCGCACUAAAGUCGAUGGGCUGCUUUCCAGCUCCGAGAGCCCUAUAGACUUCAAGCCUAUGCAUGAUCAUCUCAAGCAUGUGGCCGAGCUUCGCGCAGAGGCGCUCGCGUCUCGGUCCUUAGGAGACUUCAGCCGGAAGCGAGAUAUCGAUGACGACGAAGGUGCCGAGUCACGAGCAGAGAAGAAGCGCCGCAAGGAGGAAGAAGAGAAGAAAAAGAAAGCGACAGAGUCCCGUGGAGUCCGAGACUUGAAAAAGGUGAACACCACGGGAAUGAAAAAGAUGAGUGACUUCUUUUCGAAGGCGGCCUCCAAGAAAAAAUCUUGAAUCGUGUGCAUGAAACCUUAUUCUGCACUGAAUCAGACUUCAUGUUGGCAGUUGCAUGCCAACACUUGACGGCUUCGCCGUUCAGUCUUCUGGCUAUCAGUGACUCUCCGGUCUCGGUUCCUCAUGGGGAACGGAGAACAUCAGGCCUGUUCUCAGAAUCUCGUAUUAAAUGGAAUACAAGCAGAGUCAUUGAGACCAGAAGACCCAGUAAUAGGUGGGACCUACACAAGUCGAGCGAGUCGGCGCAAUACACUAUGCAAGCGCCUCAGCGAAGAUAAUAAU